AUGGCAGGUACUAAGCGAUCCAAUCCCAAGAAGAAACCGGAAGCGCGGCCUUCCACCCCAACCCUUGAGGCUCCUGCUCAGGAAACACCUUCACCCGGACCUUCUGAACACCGUGGAAAUAAAGACAAGACGCUCAACCCCCGCGUUAGGGGGGCACAGAAAGGGGAUGACACUCUAUACCCCGAGUACUCGAGGGUUUUUCUAACGAAGCAAAAAUACCUUCAAAGGGUUCAAGGCAUGAAUCGUCUUCUCAUGUCGGGAAGCCGAGGAUGGGAAUCCGAGCUCACCAAGAUUUCGCAAGAUUACGAAGACUUGUACAUUUUUUUCAUUUACCAAUGGGUCUUCGAUUGGGGAAUUAAAGAUGUUGGAACAAUUUCAAAGAAAGACAUGAACCUCGUCAUUGGCGCUCUGGAUGGGUACUGUAUCCAGGAAGAUUGGACCACUCUCCAGAGGCUCCUACCACCUCUGCCAGCACCUGAAGGAAGGUUCUUGGAGACCUUAAUCAACAAAGCCAUUGCUACAAAGGUUCUUCCCAGCUCGUUCCAGUACCUUGAUGGGAAGACCGGACCUACCGAUCAAGAUGAAGAUGAAAGCUUCGCCACAAAACUCCAGUACCUCUACGAUCGAUUCUUUAAAACCAAUCCAAACUUUGCAACGCUAUGGAAACAACAAACACAUCGACUAGCCAACUCGAUAACCGCGAGUCAAGCGCCAGGUGACCUGGAUUUUGGUCAAGAGAAUGUCAAGCGCCUCAGGGGUUGCGCUCCUCCCCUGGCCGAUGGGCUUCUCGCCAGUAGACCAUUCCGCCUGCUACUCAGGGAGCCCUUGAGUCCUGAGGAGACGCUAUCCCGGCGGACAGGUCUUGCUAAAAUUUUUGAAGAGGCACUACGUCUAAUGUGUGAUAGCGAAACACGUGUGGGUGGUCAGUUCCGCAUGGAGCAAUUGCCACAGCUGGGAUCAUUGUACAAGUGCGGUAGCCCCUACAUGAUGUGUUGGGACGAGACUGGUCUUGCGGACGAGACUGAUUUUGAUGGACGUAAAAUAUUACUUGUUGUACGGCCGGCCAUCGUAUACACUCAUAGUGAGCCUAAAGACGCAGGAUCGGGCUACACGUCCGUCUCCUCCAUUGCUCACAAGGCUAUGGUUAUCGUGGAAGACUGUGAUGGGGUAACAGAUAGUACCAAACUGCGAAAGGAAGCCCCGCGGCGACCUACAAUGUUUGUGGAGGACCGGGUCUGCGUGAACACGGCGGAGUAG